AUGGGCUCCAUCAACGACACCAAGCAGGAUAUCGAUGUUGUUGGCACCACCGCCACCACCAACACCACCACCACCGACAACAAUGCCCAUGCCAAUGAGGCUACAUCAACAGCAACAGGAGAGGCAGGAACAGGGGCGGGAAGAGGUGGAGGAAAGGCUCAAGCCUUCCACCCUUUAGAAACCGACCCCUCCGUCACCGUUCUCUCCCUCACCGUCCCUCCCGCCCCCAUCAUCCCUGAGAAGGAUGAAUCCCUCGAAACCGCUACCCCCGCAGUCCAGCAAAAGGAAGCAUUCUUCCACAUCUGCCUGGACACUUCUGGGUCUAUGGCCGGGUCGGGGAUGCAGUGCGCAAAAGUAGCGAUGAAGGAACUGUACUCUCAUCUUGUACAGAAUUGUCGAGUUCCUGCAGAGAGGAUCUCGGUGUAUUUGUAUUCGAUGAGUUGUUCUGUUCGUCAGAUGGGGGUGGUCGAGGAUGAUUUGCGGUGGAUGGAUUCUAUCAAUGCUGGUGGAGGCACAAGCUUCGGAAGUGUCUUCGAACAGCUCAUCGCAACCAUCAAAGGCCAGAUCGAAUCCGUCACCUCCAACACAACCGCCACUACUCCACUGGACGUCUCCUCAACCCUCUUCUUCUUCACCGACGGCGCAGACGGCGACCAUGGACGCACCCACCGCCAAAAAGAGAUCAUCGAACCAUUGCUCAAGAACACUGCUCGGUUAGAGACCACUGUUCAUUCUUUCGGAUUCACGAGCGGACACGAUGCGAAGCUGUUGUCAUGGUUGACGAGCACGGGAACGGAUUUGGGCUGCUUUCAGUAUAUCAAGGAGUCGAAGGAUAUCCAAGGUGCUAUGGAGCGGACGGCGGGGUUGUUGGAUUCUUCGGCUAUGAAGGUUCAGCGCAAGAUUGAUCUUUAUUUGCCUGCUGGAGGAGAGAACCAUGAGAGCGAUUGGAUGACGGUCAAGUUGGGAUCGGAUGAUCUGACGGGCUCGACGGUUGCCAGGAACAGGAACUUUACUGGAGCGACGUUGCUUUGGAGGGAGCAUGUUCCCGACCCCGAGGACGGAACUUCUGUCACCAACACUUCCUCGACGGUGCCGGUUGCAGGAAUUGAUGGAGUCCAGGAGAUGAAGGUCGACUGGCUGGCAGAGGACGACGUUGCCAGGAUCCUGGGGAUGACGACAUUCAUCCAGCAUGAGCUAUUACGAAUGGUCGAACAGAUCAACGCCAUCGGCUCCUCCCGCGAAUCCGCAGACGAGAAGCGUUCCAAACUUGGCCAGAUCGAUGUCCAAACCGAGGCCUACGCGAAAGUCCUGGGUACCCUCGGCUUCGCAUCAGCGCGAAUCAAGGUCAAGACCACUCGGGAGCCCUGCAUGAUCGCCUGUUCCCAGACCCGGUCCAUCCUCCAGUCUUUCCUCACCCUCAAAGCCGACGCUCACAAGCAAGGCGGGUCAAUUUCCAACACCUCCCUGGCAACGUUCAACUCUUUGGCGUACGGACAGAUCACAGAGGCAAAAUUGAAGGCGAAAUUGAAUUCGAGGGCGGGGAAGAACACGGCGUUGUUUGCAGAUUUGGAUCAGAUGGUGGAGGAGAUUGUGAAGGGGUUGGAUUUGGAUCGGUUGGAGGCUGAGGAGGAGGAGACUGGGAGGUUGAGGGAGUUGUCGUGUGCGUUUUCGACGAACAGCUAUGUUGAUGCUUUGAGGGAUGGGGAUUGUCUUUGCAUGACUCUUGAUGUGUCGCGAGGAGCGGGAGCGAUUGCGGACCCUAGUCAGUUGGUGAUCAAAUCCAUCUUUCCAACAUACCUGACGUCAUCCAUGUUCACCAUGGCAUUGGGUCACUCGCUGGCCCAGAACAAUCCCGAGAAUGUCCAUGGUGGGUUUGACCGUGACAGCGAUGCCAGAAUUGCGCCUGGUCUUGCGCACGAGAGUAUCACUGCGGUCAUGCCCCUCUAUAUCAAUGAGCACCAUUGGAAGGUUGCCCGCUUGCGCAUGAAGCCGAUCCUGGGAUAUGUGGUGACGCUGGACGCGACGGGAUACACAUACAGCCAGUCCACCACAGUUCCCUUCCUCGUCCUCGUAAAGGCCCUGGAAUCCCACCCCAUGACCGAGCACAAACAACGUCAGAUCCGACUCAUCCUCGAAACCUGCGACCAAAUCUACAUCCACUCCAACUCUCUCCGUCAAUCCACACGAACCAUGGUCCAAGAGUUCUGUGCAUCCCACACUCAGCGGACGGUUGAUGUGGUCACGAACAACUAUGUCUUUUUGGGACAGGUCAUUUGUGCAGUGAGGGCUGGAGAUAUUUCGGUGGAGGAGAUGAAGGGGUUGGGAGAGAGAUUUGAGACGGCGAUGGUGGAGGAGCAGGUGAGGAGGGACAUGUCGUGGAGGAUGAGUGAGGAUUUGAUGGGUGGGGUUUUGGAGUGGUUUGAUGUUAAUCGGCAGAGGGAUAUUGUGGGACCUGGAAAGAGGUACAGGGAGCAGCAUGGUGCGUAUGUUAGGGGAUUGGAGAAAAACUCUGGGGCUGAGGAGGUUGAGGGGAGGUACCGGGAGCUGUUGAGGCAGGCGAGAGUUGUGCAGAAGGUUCCUGUCAAGGAAAAGGUCGAGCCUGCCGCUGUUGCUGGAGGAGUGUCUCCUACGACUGUCACGUCUUCAUUGUCGAUUACUGAGGAGGAGGGCCAGGCAGGAAUGCAGAAGAUGGAGGCGCCCGAGUUCAAGGUGCCAACGAUUGAUCCUGUGGCCUGGGAGUUGACCGAAGCCUCUCUGGAUCGUUUGUCCUUGAUCCAGAACGCGGUCUCGGGAGGCGUCGACAAGAUUCGUCGUCUCCUGGCCGUCAUCCAAUCCCCCCUCGAUGCAGAUCUCCCUGAGGUCUUGACCAAGCGGUUGGGCGCUGCUCCGCAUGGUGCGCUAGCGGACGAAUUCUUUGCCCGCUACUCGCGCAAGAUCGUCCUCGCGACCCUAUUGCAAGCUUACGCGCACACCCGAAACUCUGACCGCCGAUCCGUCGAGAACCUCAUGACACCCUUCGAACGCCCCCUCCCCCUCGGGCCCGACGGCAAACCCCUCCCCGACGAUGACAAGGCGACCGACGAAGCGAUCCAGUUCUUGCACUCUCUGUACCAGGCAAAGGUGACGAUGCUCGUCCAAGAGAUCGUCGCCAAAGUCGAGGGGGAUUACCUGGAGUCAAAGAAGAGUUUUGCGGCUUCGACGUUUGUGAGUACUCUAGACCUGGAAGUUGCGGCGGGGGUGUUGAUUGAAGCGAGGACUAGAGGUGGUGCGGGAGGCAAGUUGAUGACGGCUUGUGCGAGGAUGAGGAUGGUGGGAGGUGUGAGGGAGAAGAUGUUGAUGAUGCUGAGAGGUGUUUAUGAGGGCGUUACGUUGUUCUCCGACCACCAUUCUGGCGAAGACGAGGCCGAAGUGGAAGAGGACAAGAACGUCUGGCACCCCUGCAAAAAAACACUCUACAUGCUAUUCACGAACCACCACGACGAGCUCACGUUAUCCGAGUGGCGGAAUGUCCACCCCAACCAGUACGAGGAUUACAUCUCGUGUCGUCAGACAGGAAUCAAAGUCUCGCAGAAGCUCUCGGACGCAUGGAAGCAAGCAACAGCACCCGGCAGCAACGUGCGUGCAGUCAAGGUGUCGAUCAUUAAUGAGUCUCUGGAGGAUGAUGGUCUCUUUGAUAUCCAGGGAGCCUUUGAGAAAGAUUUCGCGAUCGUGCACGAGAACUUGGCAGAGAAGCAGCCAGCAUACUUUUUGGUCCGUUUGGGCGACAGCAAGACCUCGUCCGAGUGGAUCUUUUUGUGCUAUGUCCCCGAUGUGGCCCCUAUCCGUCAAAAGAUGAUCUAUGCUGCUACACGCGCCAGCUUGACUAGGGACCUUGGCGAUUCGCACUUCUCUGAUUCCAUCUAUGGCACCAACAAGGGAGAAUUUACGUUGGACGGCUACAAGAAGCAUAGGGCCAGUUUGGCAGCCCCCAAGCCCCUGUCGGAGCGUGAACGUCAAUUGGCCGAGAUUCGGGCGAAUGAGAAGACGCUUGUCGAGAGCAUGAAGGGUGGCACCUAUAGAAAGGCGCAUGCUCCAGGAAUGAGCUUCCCUCUUACGGACAAGGCUGUUGCUGCCCUCAAGAAGCUUGUUGUCGCUGCGCCAGCUCCCGUCGCUCCUAAGAAGAAGGUCGCGGUUGCGUCGGCGGUGCCAAAGAAGUUCAGCAGCCCUGCUUCGACGCCCUUGCCAGCCUCGCCUGUUGCCUCGCAGGAGAGCAGUACUAUUAAGGCUUUGGAGGAAAUCACCGUUAAGGAUGAUGAGUGGGAUGAUGAUGAGGCUAAGGAAGAGAAGAAGGAGGAGGAAGUCGUUGAGGCACAGGAGGCCGCUGCUGAGACUGAGGAGAAGAAGGAGGCUGACGUUGAGGUUGCUGUUGAGGAGGAGGAAGAGGAGGAGCCCGAGGUUGUUGCCAAGCAGGAGCGCACCAUCAACUUUGUCAAACUCGCGAUCGACGCGGAGAAUGAGAAGAUUGAUUUGGUGAGCGAGGCCAAGUUGGGGGCGAACGAGGUGCACAAGAACAUUGACGAGGAGGCACCCCGCUUCACCUUCUUUGCCUAUGAACACACCCACAACGGCACCGCCCACGACUCUCUUGUGUUUAUGUACACAUGCCCAAGCAAGUCCAAGAUCCGUGAACGCAUGCUGUACUCGUCGUGCAGGGCGGGAGUGUUGCAGGGCGCCAAGGAAGAUGCGGGACUGAAUGUUGACAAGAAGCUCGAGACGACAGAUGUCUCUGAUCUGACGGAGGCGUUUAUCCUGGACGAGUUGCAUCCCAAGACUCAGAGUGCGUUUGGUACUACUACGGGAGUUAAUAGCCCAAGAGGGUUCAGCAAACCUGCUCGUCCUGGUGCUCGUCGCGUCAUGUAA